GUGGACACAAUAAGUUCAAGGCAGCGUUGGACACUGACACCUUUGCAACUUCAAAUUCUAGAGCGGAUAUUUGAAGCUGGAACAGGAACUCCAAGCAAGGAAAAGAUAAAGGAGAUAACUGCGGAUUUAAGCAAGCACGGGCAGAUUUCUGAGACCAAUGUAUAUAAUUGGUUUCAGAAUAGGCGCUCUAGGUCAAAGAGAAAGCAGCAGAGUGCAGCGCCUAGUAGUGUUAAUGCUGAAUCAGAAGUGGAGAAUGAGGUUGAUUCCAAUGAUAAGAAAAUUAUACUGGAUGAGUUUGUUGCGCCUCAGCCUGCUGAAAAAUUGAGCUUCCAAAACCUUCAAGUGUGCUCGGAUUUGCAGUACUUCAAUCCUGAAUCGGAUGACAGUUUGCGACCGGCUAGACACUUUGAUCAUGGGCCUGUUUUUGAUGGGAUGCUAUCAAACUCAAGUAUGUUGCUUACUUAUAUUGUGCCUUCUUUUUUUCCAUGUUUUGAUACACUGACAUGUGUUGGACAUUGGACACGCCUUCGAUCUGAAAUACCGCCGCCGUGGAAGAAAUUUUACAAUCGCCAUAGGCAAUUUGUGAAGGGAUGCCUGCCAUUGAGGCGCUAUAGGCUGCACAAGCGUGUUUAUAUGGAGGAUUGUGGCCUUCCAUCAUUGGUCAUUCACAACACUGCUUGUUAUGAACCUUGGCCAAUUUAG